ACCGAUCCAAAUCUCGUCGCCCCGCCCAUGGAGAUCGCCGGGGACGCUGCCGCGAGCGGUGGCCGCAGCAUCCGCGACCUGCCGCCGCUGAAGCGGUUCAAGUUCGUCGGCUCCGACCUCGGGUCGGCGCCGUGCCUGCCGCUGCCGGCCAAGAAGCGCGCGCUCCCGCCGCUGCCGGAGGCGGCCCCUGCCCCUAUUUGCCUUCCGGCGAAGAAGCGCGCGUAUGCGCCACCGCUGGAUUCCAUCUCGCCGGCGUGUCUUCCGGCCAAGAAGCGCGUACACGUGCGCCCCACUCCGCUGGAGGAUAACGCUCCUCCUCCCUUCGCCCCGUCUAGGAAGCCUCCCCUCGUUCCGGUGAAGAAGCACGCCGGGGUGCCGCCGCUCCCGCAGCGCGUCGUCAACGCCACCCCAUCCGUCCCCGCCAAGAAGCGCGUCCAGGCGUCGCCCCCGGAGUACGCUGCUGCUCCUUCUCCCGUCCCGGUGAAGAGCCACGUCCAGAUGCCGCCGCGCCAGGGGAGCGUCGUCGCCGCCACUCUAUCCGUCCCGUCGAAGAAGGGCGUCCAGGCCCCGUCACCCCUGGAGCACGCCACUCCUCGCCCCACUGUUCCGGCCAAGAAGCGCGUCCAGGCGCCGUCGCCCCUGGGGAUCGCCGCCGCUCCUCUCUCCGUCCCAGCCAAGCAGCGCGUCCUGGUGCCGUCGUGCCCGGAGGGCGUCGCCGCCGCCCCCUCCGUCCAUGCCAACAAGCGCGUUCCGUGGCAGUCGCCCCCGGAGGACGCUUCUGCUCUGGCUCCGGUUUGCCUCCCGGCCAAUAAGCGGGUGAUGUCGCAGUUCAUCCCGCCCUCUCCAUCUCCAUCAUCCAUGAAGUCAGAUGGGGCUCGCGUUGGUGCUGUCAAAGAAGCCUGUGCUCAAGGCUUCGUUGAAAGCGGCGCCGCCACCUCCUCUCCUAGGGUGGUGAAUGGCGUUGAAGCGUCCAAGGUGACCAACAAGCCGAACGAAGUCAAGGAUCAAGUGUUCCAGAAAUCCCGCAGAACAAACACUGCAAAAAGAGCGAGUGAUCUGCACUGCAAGAAGCUCUCCAAUGUCAUCAAUGGCAUGCAAUCUGAAGUUCAGGUCGAAGAGCUCAAGAAAUUCGAGCAAGCGAGUGAUCUGCACUGCAAGAAGCUCUCUGAAGUCGUCGGUAGCAUGCAAUCUGAAGUUCAUGCCGAGGAGUCCAAGAAAUUCGAGCCAGCGUGUGAUCUGUACGGCAAGAAGGUCUCUGAUGCCGUCAAUGGCACACAAUCUGAAGUUCAGGCUGAAGAGCUCAUCUGCAAGAAGCUCUCCGAUGUUGUCAGUGGCAAACAAUCUGGAGCUCAAGCUGAAAUGCUCGAGAAAUUCGAGCAAACGCGUGAUCUGCACUGCAAUAAGCUCUUCGAUGUCGUCAAUGGCAAACAAUCUGAAGUUCAAGCCGAAGUGCUCAAAAAAUUAGAGCAAACGAGUGAUCUGCAUUGCAAGAAUCUCUCCAAUGUCGUCGACGGAAAACAAUCUGAAGCUCAAGCCGAAGUGCUCGAGAAAUUCGAGCAGACGACUGAUCUGCAUUGCAAGAAGCUCUCCAAUGUAGUCGAUGUCGAACAGUGUGAAGUUCAAGCCGAAGUGCUCAAGAAACCCGAGCACGGGAUUGAUCCUAAAAUGGCAGCACCGGCACGCGAAGAGGAGCAAAUUGAAGUGGGAGACGAAGAAGUGGCGGCCGAGCGAAAGCAAGAUGCUCUCGUGGAAGAAGACGACGGCAUCCUGUGCGCGGUGUGCCGAAGCACCGACGGCGACCCGUCGGACCCCAUCGUGUUCUGCGAUGGGUGCGACCUCAUGGUGCACGCCACGUGCUACGGCAACCCGCUGGCCCAGUCCAUCCCGGACGGCGACUGGUUCUGCUCGCUCUGCUCCGGCAAGCCCGCCGACGCCGCCGCGAAGAAGGGCGGCAAGCCGGCACGCCCACCCUGCCGCCUCUGCCCGGCGAGGGGCGGCGCCAUGAAGCGCACCACGGACGGUGCCUGGGCGCACAUCGCGUGCGCGCUGCUGGUGCCGGAGGUGUUUUUCCAGGACCCGGACGGGCGCGAGGCCAUCGACUGCUCCCUCGUGCCCGGCCGGCGGUUCAUCAGCCGCUGCUACAUCUGCGAGAGCAGCAGGGGCUGCGCGCUCGAGUGCUCCCAGCCCAAGUGCGACCUCGGGUUCCACGUCUCCUGCGGCCUCAACGGCGGCCUCUGCAUCGAGUACCGAGAGGAAAAGGGCGGCGGCGUCGUCGCCGGCUUCUGCAGAGAGCACACCAAGCUCUGGGAGAAGCAACAACUGACCGGCAAGUACAAGAUUGUUUCUAGAGGUCAGUAAUGACAUGGAAGAGAAGAAUCUGGCGAUCAAUUGCUAUGGAGUGGUGAAGAAUUGCAUCUCAUAAUUGUCUAGGAUUGUGUGAUUGUUCUAGUAUUUUUGUUUUUCUCCUUUUGUGUGCCUUAUGCGAUGUAGUAGAAGAUUAGAAGUGUGUCAUGGCAUGUAGUUAUUUUCGAGUUUUAUUGGCGUAGUUUUUAUGGGGUAGAAAGCAUGGAAGUUGUUCAGCUUCAGCUCAUUUCUGAUUUCAGGAAGAUGAGUUGUUCCUACCUCUGAUAUCCUUCUUAAUAAGCAGGGCUUGAAGUCUAGGUUGUAAUCUAAUGUCAGCAUUGAAAUAAGAACAUGGUUUUUUCCA